AUGGAGGGGAGGCUCACGGAGCCCCUCCUGAAGAAGAGGGGGAAUGACAGGGCCGCGCAGUCGGAAGGCGUCUUUUCCGAGGGCUCCAUGGGUGCCAGCGUGACGCUGCUCUGCUCCGCGGCCAUCGGCGCGGGGGUGUUGGCGCUGCCGUACGGCGUGAGCACCAUCGGCGUCCUCCCCGCAGCAGUGCUCUUCGCUGUAGCUGGCGCGGCGGCCUGCGUCUCAAACAUGAUCAUCUUCCAGUGCGCGCAGGACACUGGCCUGUCCUCCUACGGGGAGCUCAUGACGGGCAUACUCGGCAGCCGCGGUGCAACGGUGCUUGACUUUUUCGUUACGCUCGAAGGGCUGGCGGCAGUGUCCACAUAUUUGGUAUUCAUCAUGGACUACGUACCACAGGUGUGCGCACUGGCUGGCGAGGACGCUUGGUGCACAGACCGAGGCGCGGUGCUGAAGGCUACCGUGGCGAUCGUCUGGCCGCUCAGCUGCCUGAAAGGCCUGUCAGCCCUCCGCUACGUCAGCACUUGCAGUCUUGCGACCAUUUGCUUCACUACCGUCGUCGUGGUGCUCAGGGCUCCCUCGUACUUUUCCCUCCAGGAGCAGUCCCUGGGCGAGGCGGUGACCAAGGUUAACCUCACGCUGGACAGCUCCCAGGCGCUGUCCAUGGCCUGUUUCGCUUUCAUGACCCACACGAACACGCCCGAAAUUGCGUCGGCCAUGCGGAGGCCGACGCGGGACCGCUCCAGGCGGGUGGUGCUGACGCACACGGCGCUCAUGUGGUUCGUCUAUUGCGUGAUCGCUGUCUGUGGGUUCCUGUCCUUCCUGGGCACGAUCUCACAGGACUUCCUCACGAACUACGAGCUGAACGACCCGCUUGUGGUGGCGUGCAGGUCUUUGCUGUCUCUGAGCCUGGUCUUCGCGUGCCCCAUCAACAUGUUUCCAUCCAUGCAGGCUCUGUUCAACAUCCUUGAGGGCAUGCGGACCACGAAGGCAACUGACGAGAACGACACGCUAUAUGCUCUCAACCACGUGCGCGUGCCCGUGUCCACCUGCUGCUUCGCGGUGGUCGUCGGGGUGGCGGCACGCACGCCUCACGUCGCCGACAUGGUCUCGGCCAUCUCGGUGUUCCUCUCUGCUCCGCUCAUGUUCCUCUUCCCAGCCAUGAUGUACCGGACCAUUCUGGGCCAGAAGGGCCCACUGGUCCCGGCGUUUCUCAUACUGCUGACCUUCGCGCUCAUCGCCGUAGAGCUCUGCAGGAUGGCCACAUGA